UGGGCGUUGGGCGGGGACUGGGAGAUCCCGGGCUUCUGGGUGGACGUGCUGGUUCUGCUGGGAAGCCGUCGUCAUGGUGGCCCCCGUGGUGUACUUGGUGGCGGCGGCUCUGCUUAUCUGCCUUAUCCUCUUCCUAACUCGCUUCAGGGCCCGGGCAGCAGCAGCCAGCCAAGAGCCAUUACACAAUGAGGAGGAGCCAGUAGUAGCAGGCUCAGUGGUCCAGCCUCGGACCGUGGAACCUGAGGAGCAGAGAGCAGCAGGCAGACCCCGGCGUCGGAGGGACCUGGGCAGCCGUCUGCAGGCACAGCAUCGAGCCCAGCGGGUGGCCUGGGCAGAGGUGGAUGAGAACGAGGAGGAGGCCAUUGUCCCAGCCCAGGAGGAAGCAGGCACUGAGAAGCCAGUGGAAACUUACUCAUCAGGGAAAAUUGGAGCCAAGAAACUACGGAAGCUGGAGGAGAAACAAGCACGAAAAGCCCAGCGUGAGGCAGAGGAGGCUGAGCGUGAAGAGCGGAAACGUCUCGAGUCCCAGCGUGAGGCAGAAUGGAAGAAAGAGGAGGAGCGGCUUCGCCUGGCAGAGGAACAGAAGGAGGAGGAGGAGAGGAAGGCCCGGGAGGAGCAGGCCCAGCGGGAGCAUGAGGAGUACCUGAAACUGAAGGAGACCUUCGUGGUAGAAGAGGAGGGUGUGGGCGAGACCAUGACUGAAGAACAGUCCCACAGCUUCCUGACAGAGUUUAUCAGCUACAUUAAGCAGUCCAAGGUUGUCCUUUUGGAAGAUCUGGCUUCCCAGGUGGGCCUGCGGACUCAGGACACCAUAAACCGCAUCCAGGACCUGCUUGCUGAGGGGACUCUGACAGGUGUGAUUGACGACCGGGGCAAGUUCAUCUACAUAACCCCAGAGGAACUGGCUGCUGUGGCUAACUUCAUCCGACAGCGAGGCCGAGUAUCCAUCGCCGAGCUUGCCCAGGCCAGCAACUCCCUCGUUGCCUGGGGCCAGGAACCCACUGCCCAGGCCCCAGCCUGACCUAGCCUUUCCCUCUUGGACUCAGAGCUGGCAGGGCCUACCUGGCCAUACCUCUUUAUACUUUCCCAUCAUCCUGAGGAAGGGAUGAACUGUGGCCAGGCAGCUAUAGAUUAAAGGCCUGUGAGCAUU